CAUAAUAUUCUGUAAAAAAUAGUUGCUGUUACGAUUUUAGUUUUAUUUGUUUGAUUUUCACUAGAAAAAAAAAGUUAUGCCUGGCCUCCAUCGAUCCUCGAGUCCGCCAUUGAAGAACGGUCUUCCUCCUCAAGAGCUCCUCGAUGAUCUUUGCAGUCGGUUUGUUUUAAAUGUGCCGAAAGAGGACCAGCAGUCAUUUGAGAGAAUUUUCUUCCUUGUGGAGUACGCACAUUGGUUUUACGAGGACAAUACAGCAGAAAAAAAAAAUCCAUCGCUGAAGUCAUUCAAUCUGAAAGAGUUCACCUCUUUAUUGUUUAACAUCUGUGACGUAUUAAGGCCUCAUGUUGCACAUACAUAUGAUUUAUUUAAGGAUUUCACUGAUUACAAGGUUCGAGUUCCUGUAACGGGUGCAAUUAUUUUGGAUGAAACAUAUGAACGGCGCAUCCUAGUGAAGGUAUGGAAAGGGAAGAGUUGGAGCAUCCCACAUGGGAAAAAGAACAAAGACGAGGAAGACCAUGCAUGUGCUAUUCGAGAAGUACCCAUGGCCCUGUUUUGUCCCAUGUUUUCUGAUGAGUUCUGUUUUAUUCUUGUCAAGGGAUCUAUGGACACUGGUCCCGGGAAGAGUUUCAGAAACUUCAGAUUUGAUAGUGCUGCGAUAUUAAGAGCAUUAGAAGCUGGCUUUUCUGCUUGA